AUGUUGGAUGGUUUGCUAAGUGAUAAAGAUAUCUCGUUUGAAGAGCAACUUGCAAAGGAUAAUCAAAAUUCUGAGACAUGGCAUUCAUACUACAACUUCAAAAUUAAUCAAGAUGGACCAUUUGCAUCUCGAAUAUUUAUUAUAAACAGAGCUGUCGAGGCACUACCCAAUGAUAAACUGCUAUGGACCCUAUACCUUGAACUUAUCACUAAUCAGGAUAAUCUUGCGCUUUUAUCUACGGCAGACCAAUUCUCCAUCUUUGACCAAUGUGUUGAUGCUUUACCCAAAUCAUAUGGUCAUUGGCAAAUAAUUAUUGAGUGUCUAUUGGAGAAUUAUAUUGAUAAAGUAACUUAUAUACGACGAAAAUUCAACCAGUGCUUGCAAAACUUGCCAAUCGAAGAGCACGGUAAGGUCUGGCCGUAUUUCUUACAAUUUGCAAAUACAAUUGGAGGUGUAGCUGGUAUUGAUAUAUACUUGCGAUAUAUGAAAUACAUUGACCCAAGGAUACUCAAAGGAACAGUAAAUGAUCAUCAACAAAAUGUUGCUGACUCGCGAAAUAAAUCAUUGUCAAUGAAUGUGCUUGAAUUUAUUGAUAAAUUAAAAGAGUUUGGCGACGUGAAAAAUGUUGCAAGAUUGUAUUCAACAAUAGUAAACUCAAAUGAGUACGUCCAUGCGAAAUUGCCCAAACUGAAGAUUGAAUUAGUAUUUGAAUAUUUGGACUUUCUUAUAUCAAGCGAAAAAAAUAGUAAAACACAGGAAAAGGACUUUAAUAAAUUGAUCAACAAAUUUUUACAAAAAUAUCCAGAGCAAUCUAUAAACUUGAAACUAAAGCUAAUCCAGUUUUUAAAAACAAACAACCAGCAAAAUGAGGAAAAAGUGGUGAAAGCUUAUUCCGAGCUUGUUAAGGAGUGCAACACAAUAGAAGAGUUUAAAGAUGUGUUUAACGAAUAUGCAGAAUAUGAGGAAACACGGCUUGAAAAACUUUUUGCUGUUGAGUCCAAAACCAACUCGAAAUUGCUUUCGAAGCUGCUUGAUGAGUAUGAAACUUUGCUAAACAGUCGAAAGCUAUAUGUUAAUGAUGUGCAACUACGACAAGAUACCAAUAAUGUCGAUUUUUGGUUCACGAGAAUUGAGAUUUAUAAUAAACAAGAACAACUAAGUGAAAAGAUUAAAACUAUUGCUGAAGCUAUAAAAUCUAUCAAUCCAUUAAAGAUCCCCGGCAACUGCAAACACAAAUUAUCGGACAUUUGGAAAAUGUAUGCCCAGAUCUAUUCCUCUUCGGGUGACUUUAGAACUGCUGAUCUAAUUAUUAGCAAAGCAGUUCAGUCACAAUUCCCGCAUCCGGAUGAACUUGCUGAUUUGUACAUAUAUUGGAGUGAGCUCAGAUUGAGUAGUGAUUUUUUCAGAGAAGAGCAAGCGAUACAAGUAUUGAGCGAUAUAAUGUACAAAGAAGAGAAGGAACCAAUUAGUUAUUUCGAUUCGUCGAUAACGGUUGGGAAACGAAUUACAAAGUCAAAAAAGUUGUGGAGCUUUUUUAUUGAUUUACUUGAAUCGUUUAUUGAUUACGAUAAUGAUGAUGAUGAUGCUGGCGUUGAUAGUGGAAAUAGAGAAGAAGGUAGCAAUGAAAAAGACAGUGGUUUGAUGAAUUUACGAUACAUUAAUCAAGUAAUCGAAGCUUUUGAACAAAUGAUUAAACUCAAAAUUGCUUCAGCAAAGGACAUGAUGCAAUAUGCUCUGUUUUUGGAGACUCAUAAACAAACAGACAAGUCGCUAAGCAUAUAUGAGCGUGCGUUGUUGAUUUUCAACGACAGCUUGAUAAGGCAGGAGAUUUGGAGGAUCUAUAUGACAAAGUUGAAAUUCAUCAACAAUGUAGAGCGAGUAAAGGAUAUAAAAGAAAGGUUUGAGAAUGAACAAAUUCGAUGA